UGUUUUCUCAGUCACCCACGAGCAUAGAGACGAGUAACAAGUGCGUUGAAAAUGGCGUCACUAAUAGAAUCCUAACCAUAGUGAUGCCUCGGCAAAUAAUACGUGUGUGUUCAGUUUUUAUUCAAACCAAUUUAACUCUAUUUAUUCUAGAUAUCAUUUAUUACAGUGGUUUGUAAUAUAAUAGAGGCUAUUGCCUUAUUUUCGUAUAUAUUCGCACAAAUGUCAUGGGAAUUUGCAGCAAAAGACAUUUUCUACUGACAAUAUGUACUCUGCAACUUUUAACAACAAUAGAACGUCAAGUGUUCGACUUUUUGGGGUUCAUGUGGGCUCCGAUACUGGUCAAUUUUUUCAAUAUUAUUUUUGUGAUCCUUGGCUUCUUUGGAGCUUUUCAAUAUAGGCCUAAAUAUGUCGUAUCGUAUUGCAUAUGGGAUAUUCUGUGGCUUGCAUGGAACAUAUUUUGUAUAUGUUUCUAUUUAGAUGUCGGUAUUUUAGAUAAGAAUAAAGAUAUUUUAAACUUUGGAACUGGAAGCUUCUCCUGGUGGCAGGUCAAUGGCCCAGGAUGUAAAGCUAAUUAUGACAUUAUUGAGCCAGAGUUACUUCGUCCUACCCGACCUCAUAACGUGACCGAUUGUUUAUUAAGUUACGAAGUAAUAGAAAUUUUACAUGCGUCAACACAAUGUCUUUUAGCAGUGUUGGCGAUUAUUGGUGGAAUCAUUUUAACUCGUGCAUUCCUUGAGGAAGAUGAUAGUUUUGACUUUGUGGGAGGUGGUGACUUUGGUUUGGCGGGCCACACCCCAUUGCAUCCAAUGUAUGUUAGCUACUCGGCUUUGCCACCAGCCACCUACUCUCAAUCUAAUCCAAACUACCAAAGCUAUCCGAGAGGCACAACCGGCUCGAACAAAUCAUCCUCUUUAUAUCGUGACACAACGCUUCCAAAGCUUGUGGAAAAGCCACAAUAUGGCUACUCGUCACAUCAGCAACGCGUUAAGACAUCAUUGAUGACCAUGCACGACACAGCUCGUAGCAACAAGAGCAGUGCUUCAACGCGGAUUCUUGAGCAUGUGGAUUACAACGACUAUUCCAAUCCACUUGAUCAUUUACAUCGACCUAUUUCACCACCUGCCGAGUAUGAUUCACUUGAAAACGCGACUAAAUUAAGAUUUGAAAAGAAUCGAUCUUAUCAACCAUACUCGUGCUCUUAUAGUCCCGUCGUGUCACCGGUUAUGCGAAGAGCUAAAACUUCUCAACCUCAACAAAAGCAGAAUAGAAAUUCAUACCGACCAAGAAUUUUUACUGAUUACGUACGCGAACAACCCCUAAGGUCUUUUUAUUCAGACCCACGUUUAGCUAUGGAUCAACAGAAAGAUAAUAUUUUAGAAUCAGAUAGCACUGAAAGACCGUCUAGAGAUAGUAGACCUGUGUCUUUGUAUGCUACACGAAUUAAAAAAAGGAAAAAACCAAUUCGUCCACUAUACAGCAUAGAAUAUUCACAACCAGAGCCACCAAGCCAUGAUGAAAGUGUUUCACCAAAGCCCAUGACUCCACGGCGUGUUAAAAGACGGUCUGUGAUUUCUCGUGACGGAACUAGAAGAUCAAGUCGAAGAAGUUCAGUUCGUCAAUCACGUCGUAAAAAUCCAGUCAAUCGAAUAAUGGAUCAUCAAGAGAGUCUUUAUGCUAAUACAAUGCCAAGUUCAUUAACCAGUCAAAAUGUUGCUACCUUGUCUCAAACUACACUCAACUAUGACAGAAUAGCUGGAACUUGGGAUCGAGAACGAAAUUGGCAACCUGAAGCUGUUAAUAUGGCAGUAUCAUCACCUACUUUAUGGACACCAGAUCCAAGUUACUCCAAUAUGAAUAAUAUAGUGAGCUAUCCAUGUCAAAAUUGGGAUAAUAACAUAAGUUCUACAAGAAAUCUUACAGAAAAUUGGUCAAAUGAUACGACGAAUCCUAUGCAGUGGCAAGGACAAAGCAAUCCAACAUUUCAACAAACUAGUAUUCAAAGCUUGAAUACUGAAGAUGUUGAAGAUUUAUACAGCAAUCGACCAGCAAGUGCUCGAUCAAGUUAUAGUAAUUAUCAUGGUAUUCGAGCUACCCCACAAGUUCCAAACAGAAAUGAUGUUGUCAGACAAAGCCAACGUCAAUUCGUCUUAAGUGGACCUCCUGCUUAUCAAGAUACUGUAAUUUAAUCAUUUUUAAGCAAUAAUUAUAGUUUAAUAAUAAAGUAGUAGAUACAACGAAGAUCAAUAGAGGCUCUAUAAGUGAACAAGUCAGAGCAAUGUAUGUAAGCUCAUUUGAUAAUCCUUAAUAAUUUGUAAUUAUUAAUUGCACAAAAAGAUUGAUUAUUUUUUUUCAAUGUGAAUUAUUAACACAAGGAUUAUCUGUAGGGUACAUUUUUUAACAUAUUUAUUUAAAACGCUCAAAAAAAAUUUUUUUUAAUAAAAAUCUAGUAAUUUUUUGUCUAGUUCAAAAUUAGUUGAUGAUUUUUUCGGUAACUUUUGUGAUUUUUUUUUGAUAAUAUGUCGAUUUAAUUUUUAUAUUUAUAGGAGGAAUAUUUCAUUUUUAAAUUAAGAUUAAUCUUAAAUGAAAUCAUCAUAAAUGGAUGAAGUUUUUAAAGCAAUUAUUUAUCAGAUAAAAUUCCAAAAAAAAACAAAUUUAGAUUUAAUUUUGAACAAAUUAUAAUUAAUACAAUAUUAGCAGUAAUUAAAAUAGUGAUAUAAAGAUAGAAUAUACUUCAGAAAUAGUAGACGAUAUUUCGACUGAUUUUUAGAGCUUUAUUUAACGUAAAAUAUUGUAAUAUUUCUCCCUUUGUUGUAAGAAUAAAGUUCAAUCAAAAAGUUAUUGUGCACGCAUAAACAAUAAGCGGAUUGUAUAUAUCUAAGGACAAUAAUUUUAUACAUUGGAUAUCAAGAAAUAAUAACCAAAGUAUUAUUAUAGUAAUAAUUGUAAUUAUUAUAAUUAUAUUAGAAAUAAUUUUUAUACUUUUGUUUAUAAAUUGUGCUGUCAAUGGUACAAUUGACUGGUAUCUUUUAAAGGAAUUAAUAUCUAUAUCUCAAUCGUUUAAUAUUUAAGAUCAUUUUUUAUUCAAAAAUGUAUGUAAUAAUAAAUGAA